UGAUACGGAGCUGGAACUGCUAACUAUGAUGAAUGCGCUAACUAUGGAUAUGAUGCCGAAAAUAGACCGAUUUUAUAUCACCCUUCAAUUCGAAUUAGCAAAAGCAAUGUCUCCUUGCAUAAUAUGGAUUCCAAACAUUCAUGAUCUGGAUGUGAAUGAGUCGAAUUACUUAUCCCUCGGUCUAUUAGUGAACCAUCUCUCUGAAAGAUGGUUCACUAGAAAUAUUCUUGUUAUUGCUUCGACUCAUAUUCCCCAAAAAGUGGAUCCCGCUCUAAUAGCUCCGAAUAAAUUAAAUACGUGCAUUAAGAUACGAAGGCUUCUUAUUCCACAACAACGAAAGCACUUUUUCACUCUUUCGGGAUCUCACUUGGAAAAGAAAAUGUUCCAUACUAACAGAUUCGGGUCCAUAACCAUGGGUUCCAAUGCAAGAGAUCUUGUAGCACUUACCAAUGAGGCCCUAUCGAUUAGUAUUACACAGAAGAAAUCAAUUCUAGACACUAAUACAAUUCGAUCCGCUCUUCAUAGACAAACUUGGGAUUUGCGAUCCCAGGUAAGAUCGGUUCAGGAUCAUGGGAUCCUUUUCUAUCAGAUAGGAAGGGCUGUAGCACAAAAUGUACUUCUAAGUAAUUGCCCCACAGAUCCUAUAUCUAUCUAUAUGAAGAAGAAAUCAUGUAACGCAGGGGAUUCUUAUUUGUACAAAUGGUACUUCGAACUUGGAACGAGCAUGAAGAAAUUAACGAUACUUCUUUAUCUUUUGAGUUGUUCUGCCGGCUCGGUCGCUCAAGAUCUUUGGUCUCUACCCGGACCCGGUGAAAAAAAUAGGAUCACUUCUUAUGGACUCGUUGAGAAUGAUUCGGAUCUAGUUCAUGGCCUAUUCGAAGUAGAAGGCGCUCUGAAAGAUUGCAGUCCGUUUGAUAAUGAUCGAGUUCCAUUGCUUCUUCGACCCGAACCGAAGAAUCCCUUAGAUAUGAUGCAAAAUGGAUCUUGUUCCAUCUUUGAUCAGAGAUUUCUCUAUGAAAAAUACGAAUCGGAGUUUGAAGAAGGGGAGGGGGAAAGAGCCCUCGACCCGCAACAGAUAGAGGAGGAUUUCUUCAAUCACAUAGUUUGGGCUCCUAGAAUAUGGCGCCCUUGGGGCUUUCUAUUUGAUUGUAUCGAAAGGCCCAAUGAAUUGGGAUUUCCCUAUUGGUCCAGGUCAUUUCGGGGCAAGCGGAUCAUUUAUGAUGAAGAGGAUGAGCUUCAAGAGAAUGAUUCGGAGUUCUUGCAGAGUGGAACCAUGCAGUACCAGACACGAGAUCGAUCUUCCAAAGAACAAGGCCUUUUUCAAAUAAGCCAAUUCAUUUGGGACCCUGCCGAUCCGCUCUUUUUCCUAUUCAAAGAUCAGCCCCCUGGCUCUGUGUUUUCACAUCGAGAAUUCUUUGCAGAUGAAGAGAUGUCAAAGGGGCUUCUUACUUCCCAAACAGAUCCUCCUACAUCUAUAUAUAAACGCUGGUUUAUCAAGAAUACACAAGAAAAGCACUUCGAAUUGUUGAUUAAUCGUCAGAGAUGGCUUAGAACCAAUAGUUCAUUAUCUAAUGGAUCUUUCCGUUCUAAUACUCUAUCCGAGAGUUAUCAGUAUUUAUCAACUCUGUUCCUAUCUAACGGAAGGCUAUUGGAUCAAAUGACAAAGACAUUGUUAAGAAAAAGGUGGCUUUUCCCGGAUGAAAUGAAAAUUGGAUUCAUGGAACAGGAGAAAGAUUUCCCAUUCCUUAACCAGAAAGAUAUGUGGCUAUGA